CUCGCCAGAGGGGCCAGGCCGCGUUGCGGGGCCGCUCCCGCAGGGGUGGGCGGCCAAAACCCCCCCGCUCCCACCGCGGGACCUGCCCAGGAAGGGUUGCCUGAUGUAAAAAUGCAGAAUGGAGUUCUUGUUCCCUGCCUGGUGCCUAGUUGUCAGCAGCACAGGAAAAUGUGAAAAAAAAACCAAACUAGAAGCAGUAAUAGAUACACAGUCCUAACUGGAGACAGCUGCCCUUGGACACAGCAAAGUCUUCAUGCUUUUAAUCAAGAGUCAAUAGCCAGAGCCAGUGAUUUCCUCUUGCCUUCCCAUCUAUCAGGACACAUACUCCACUUUGCCCUCAAGGAAGCUGGGAGAGCUUUUUCCAAUCUAAUGAGCAAAAGCACAUUUUUGAGGGUGAAGAGAAGUGACCACGCUGAGCAAACCACGUAUGGAAGACAAUGUGAUGGUACCAUCAGCAGGCAAUAACAGUGGGGAGAAGUAACUUUUGGGAGAUGGUGAGGAGAGCACGUUCAAUGUCUACAUCAGUCAGGGUACUAAGAGCAGGCAGCGUCUGUUGGAACUGCAUUCUAAAUGUGAAGGGGGAAAAAGGCCUCUUCACUUUGUAAAAAACCCUAACUUUUUAUGCUAGGAGAGGGAGUGAGGGAAAAAGAAGACCAAAGAAAGAAGAGCAAGGAACAAAGAAUGAAGGAAAAGAGGAGAUGAAGAAGAGAAAGCAACUGUAACAUGGGGGUGUAGGAGAAAAGAAGAACGGAACUACGAGGGAAGCAAGGAAGUAGAUUAAUUUCUUGUCCUGGUGGGCUGAAAGGGGUCAGGGUGUUUGGUGAUGUCUUGCUGGCGUAGAGUGACGUGGUCCUUUUCCUGGCCCGUGUCCUUGCCUGAGCCCUGCAGUGUCGUAGAGAUUACUCCUAUGCAAGCAGCUGCCGGCAUGUGAGGGGGCCACGUUCCACCAGAGGAGGUUGGAAAAGAGAGUCUCUGCUUAUGCCGACUGACAGGAGGUUAGAUGGUGUCAGCAAAAACCACCUUCUUCCCCUGGAGCUUCCAAAGUUGCCUUCCCCUGUCCAGAGCCGUGGCUAUGGAUUCUGAAUCAAAGAGUAGUUUGAUAGGAAGCUUUCUUCAGCCACCAGAUAAGAUGUUUCCUGCAGGCUUUGCGAAUGUAGAAUCAAAGAAGUUGGCAGCUGUUGGUGGUGACAGACCUUGUACCCCCAAUAACCAAGCUGUGGUGGCAGCCCUGAAAACUCUACAAGAAAAGAUCCACCGUCUAGAGCUGGAAAAGUCACAGGCUGAAGAUAAUCUGAGCAGCCUCUCCAUUGCAGCUGCUCAGUAUAAGAAGACCUUAGAGCAGGAGUCCCACAGAAAGGACACAGCACAUCAAGAGCUGAUGCAGCAGAGGAAAGAGAUAAGUGUGCAGUUAAAUGCAGCACAAUCCCGCUGCUCCCUGCUGGAGAAACAGCUGGAUUACAUGAAGAAAAUGGUUUCCAGUGUGGAACUGGAAAAGAAAAUAAUUUUAGAACACCAGGCCCAGCUUCAGAAAGAGGAAGAUCAAAACUGGUUGGAAUUGCGUGCAAAACUUGAAAAGCUUGAAUUGCUAGAAAAAGAGUGUCUCAAACUUACUGCUACUCAGAGAAUCGCAGAGGACAAAAUCAAACACUUAGAAGAAAAGCUGUGUAAAGAAGAGCAUCAGCAUAAGCUUCUACAAGACAAAACUGCUCAGCUUCAAACAGGAUUUGAAAGAAGCAGAAUUUUGCUGUCUUCAGCACCAUCUCAAAAAGAACCUAAAAAGGAAAAUGGGAAGAAGAAAAAAACUAAGAAGAAAAAUCCCACAAUGAAGAAAACGCACCUUUCACAAUUACACGUAAGGGCUGGUGAACUGCCUUUCGUGGCUGGGAAGUCUGUCAGCUCCAGCCAUUCUGUCAGUGCAAACGUGCAGAGUGUGCUGCAUCUCAUGAAGCAUCGCAGCCCACGGAUCUCAUCACGAAGCCAAGGAGGAGCUACACCUGGGAUUUCAGGAUGCAAUGCACUUUCAGAACCUGAAUCCUCUUGUGCCCCAUCACCUGCUGCCACCAGAAGUCUUUCAGACCAUCUGUUGGCCCUACAGGAUGAGCUGGGCCAAAUGAGCUUCUUGCCUGUACUGAAAGGGGCCAGGCUGUCUCUGCAGUAUCCCCUGCUGGGGCCUGUUGAAGCUUCUGGAAGCCCCUUGGUUUGCCACUCUGGUGCCUACCUGAAGGUCUCCAUGAGCUCCCUGUGUGGGUCCUGUUGUCUGUCUUCCAUCAGUAGAGACAAGCAAGUGUUUCUGAAAGUGUUACCCAAGAUGCUUAGUUUGCAGCUCCUAUUAUCAGUGAGGCCAGUCCCAUAAAAAGAGAGAAGGAUUUGCCCAAGACCUUGGGAUACCAUCAACCAAGAAGAGCCCCCAAAAGGUACAUCCUACUCUGGGUAGACCAUGCAGUCUCUAGACCAUCUCCUCUGUUUGUCAAAUCAAACCUGUUAGCUUUCAGUGGUCCCUCAUGAAAGCAAAAAGGAGAAACUACAUGCCCAGAGCAGCCAAACAAAUUCUGCAAACCACUGACAAACAGCUGCUACAGAUGGUUCCUCUGUGGUUGAUUACAAAUUAACUAGCUUCUUCAUAAAACCAUAAAAUGAUUUGGGUUGGAAGGGACCUCCAGGAUCAUCCAGUUCCAACCCCCUGCGUGGGCAGGGACACCUCCCACCAGCCCAGGCUGCUCCAAGCCCCAUCCAACCUGCCCUUCAACACUUCCAGGGAUGGGGCAGCCACAGCUUCCCUGGGCAACCUGGGCCAGGGUCUCACCCCCCUCACACUCCAGAAUUUCUUCCCCUGCAUUUCCAAGACUGGAUGCCCAAAUCAUUCCGCAGUGACUUUCCUCUUCCCUGACAAUUUCCUUUUUUUUUUUCUUCUUUGCUUUCUGGUUGAUUAUGGUCCCCACUGACAAGUGACUAGAAUAACUGUAACACCAGAUAUUGGGAAGAGAGCACUACUACUUUAGAAAUUCUCACAAGCGUUUCCCUUUAGAACUGAGUGAAUUUGGUAUCAGUGGAUUAUUUGCAGACAGCACAUUUGUCAGAAAGUGGCAUUUCUUGCACAUUCUAUCAUUCCUUUCAUUCCUGGUCAACCUCAAAUUAUAGUUCCAGGUGAGAGAAACGCAGAGAAAAUAGAUCUUGAACAUCAAUGUAUUUUGUUUGGGGAAAAAUGAAAGCAAAAUGUUUCAAGUCUUCCUUUGUAAAAUGUUUUAUUCAGCACAUCAGUUUUAAUGUGUAAUGACCUAAACUUUCUGCCAUGUCCUUAAAAAGCUGGGUGAGGGAGGAGAUGGCAUUUGGUAGUGGGCUGCAGGAGGAUACUUUGGAAUUUUUUGCCCAAAGCAGUUUUUCUCUUAAUUUCCUCAGCUGGCAAUCAAAAUAGGAAAAAAUCACAUUCACCCAGUUCUGUUCCUGAUACUAAAAGAUGUCUUCUUGUUAAAGGAGAUGCUGAGUAAACAAUUUGUUAAAGAAAUUGCUACGUGUUAGAUACUAUCUACAUAGGAGUGGGAAUUUAUGCUUUUUAUGUGGACAGUCCUCCUUGUGCAGAGUUCCCAAGUGGUUUGAUCUUCAGAAAGGAGCUUCUUCUCAACUGCUUUGUCUUUUGGUGUGCCAAACAUGGA